AUGAAAGACAUCAUAUUCAAGAAUGGGAAACUAGAGAUACCGGUCUUGAGUGUACGGGACCACACCGAGUCACAAUUUCAAAACCUAAUCAUGUAUGAGCAGCAUCGUCAAGGUAGAGGCAUCAAGUACUUUACAGAUUAUGUGACCUUCAUGGAUUGCCUCAUAAACUCUUCAAAGGACGUCGAGGUGCUCCGCCACGAAGGGAUUAUCAAGAACUACUUGGGCAAUGACGAGGUUGUCGCACAUGUGAUCAACAAGACAGGUGACUACCUCACGCUAUCCAAUUUCUUUUACUCUGAGAUCUUCAAAAACGUGAAUGCAUAUUAUAACAAGAGGUGGAAUGUUUGGAUGGCAAAACGAAGGUGGGAAUAUUUCCUUAGUCCUUGGGCUUUCUGGUCCAUUCUAGUAAACAUCAUAAUUUAG